CAUUACAGGAAGAUAAUGUGCACUGCAGCGUUUGUUGUCGCCUUGCGAGGGACAGGCAUGCAGCUGAAUUGGUAAUAACAUUUAGUUUACGCAGAUCUAUACAAGGUGCUCGUGAAAGCUUUCGAGCAGGACACAAAACACUGACGGAAAAAAACGGUCUGAGGACAGAAAGCUAACAGUAGCUAGCUACGACCGCAUCAACCACUGACUGUGAGCCAGCGGUCUCCAACGUGUGUUCCUAGUUUGUCAACGUUUGGUGAAUCAGAAUGGCCCAGGGGAUACCAGACGAGGUGAUAAUGAACACUUCACUGAUAAAAGAAUUGGCAGAUGUGGCUAAAGAUAUGGCGCUACAGCAGGGUAUCCUUAUGAGGAUCCAAGAGACCCCAAACUCAUCAGAGUUAGUGACCUACGCCCCGUUCACACUCUUCCCCACACCUGUGCCGAAGGCUGUGUUCCUCCAGGCUCUGGCAGUGCAAACUCACUACAACACACUGGUGGACAAGAUCAGCCAGGAUCCUGACUUCCUGGAAGAGGCUCUAGCGAGCACCAUUGCAGUGGAUGAUUUCACUGCGAGGUUGUUCAGGAUCCACCAACAAAUCCUUACAGAAGGAAGGUCUCAGUCUAUUGUGUUGGGUGUCAAUCGGUCUGACUACAUGCUGGAUCAGACAGACAAUGGGUCGUCGUCUCUGAAGCAGAUAGAAAUCAACACCUUUGCUGCCAGUUUCGGAGGUCUAACCUCACGCACACCGGAUGUACACCGACAAAUCCUGAAGAUGGCUGGCCGACUGGAGGAGAGCCAGCGCAUCCUAGACAACAACCCUGCAGCUGGUCUAGCGAGAGCUGUUGCCAAAGCCUGGGAGCUCUAUGGAUCAGAGAGAGCCAUCGUCAUGUUCUUAGUGGAAGAGAGCCAAAGGAACAUCUUUGAUCAGCGAUGCAUUGAGUACGAAUUGUGGAAGAGAAACAUUCCCACCAAAAGAAAGCGAUUCGAUGAUGUUUGUGAGACAGGGUCCCUCGAUCAGGACAAGAGGUUGUUUGUUGAUGGCCAAGAGGUUGCAGUGGUGUACUUCAGGAAUGGCUAUAUGCCCCAGAACUACCCUUCUGAAAAGACUUGGGAAGCUCGUCUUAUGAUGGAGCGCUCUCUGGCUGUAAAGUGUCCUGAUAUCAGCACUCACCUGGCUGGAACCAAGAAGGUACAGCAGGUGCUCGCCAAACCUGGAGUUCUGGAGAAGUUCUUCCCUGACAAACCGCAAGUAGUGGAGCAGAUCAGAGCAACGUUCACCGGCCUCUACACUCUUGACAUUGGACCAGAGGGUGACAAAACGGUAGCAAUGGCUUUGGCAGCACCUGACCAGUUUGUCCUGAAGCCUCAGCGAGAGGGAGGAGGUAACAACAUCUAUGGAUCAGAGAUCUGCCAGGUCCUCCAGGGAGUGAAGGAGAGCACAGAGAGGACGGCCUACAUUCUGAUGGAUAAAAUCCAUCCUGCGCCUGUACAGAACUACCUGCUUAGACGAGACGCUCCACUCCAAAUCAGUAACUGUCUCAGUGAACUUGGAGCGUUUGGAGUGUAUGUCAGACAAGGUAAAGACACAGUGAUGAACGACUGUGUGGGUCAUCUGCUGAGGACCAAGAGUUCAGAACACUCAGAUGGAGGUGUUGCAGCAGGAGUGGCUGUACUGGACAAUCCUCUACUUUUCUGAGAAUUUACAUUCCUACUGGGCUUUCAACAAGAAAAUGGAAUUCAAAUGGACAACAGUAAAGUCAAGGUUGUACUUAAGAGCUGUGUCACAGUAUAGAAGUGAUGGUGAGCAAGUGUGAGAGACCCACAUAUAAUUAACUGGAGACUGGUUUGAAGGAAAUCAGUUUAGGCUCUCUGAUGCUUUCAUUGCCGCAGGAUCCCUCCUGCUGUGGUGAUGCAGUAGACAAAUCUCUUAGGGUUAUUCUAGUGUUGCUUGGUGUUGGUUUACAUUUAUUACCAAUAUCAGUGGCUCUAAAGGGAUUAUGAGGGCUUUAUGAGCUUUUGAUAUCACAAGGAUUCUGUUCAAAAGGAGCGCUGCUCUCAAAUAUACACUGACGAGUAUAUUUUACAAUUUUUAACCACUUAAAGCCAGUAACUACUUAAAGGGGAACUAAGUAGCUUUAGAAAAGAAAUUCAAACUCAGAUAUUUAAUAUUUACAACAUUAAGGAGGUUUUGAUACAAACGUAGGAAUAUUUAUUUUUUUCCACAACUGAAUGUAGAAGCUGUUCUCAGAGGAAAAUAAGGUCCCCAGAACACUUUUUGAAGCUAAAUAAGUGGCAGGGUUCACCAAGUACAAAGUGAAACAGUAUAAAAUUGUGUUGUCCUUUUCAGGUCAGGUGGCUUAUUCGAUUUAAAAUCUCUUCCCCAAAACUACAAAGUGCACCUUUCAGUAGAAACGGAAACAUAAUAAAAACAUGAGGGAACGAAGGACCAGUUCAUCAUUCACUGCAAACUGUGAAGACUUUACCUCAUGUUUCAAUUUAUAAAAGUGAAUCUUAACAUGUUUAGUUCAGAAUUCUCCCUGUCAUGCUUUUUUUUUUUCUUCCUGGAUCAUUUCUGACAUCAUAUUUGUUUGGGUUUUUUUGAGUUCGCAUUGACAGCGGCCCAACAUUGGACACAUGGUGGUGGUGCUGAGCUGCCAUCUUGUGGUUCACUUAUGUGACUACAACAUUCCCAAUUGAAGUGAAGAUGGUUUGAGUGACUGUUUCUAAUGUAGGAAUAUUCUAAACAUCUUGCAGUAUACGUAAACGUUGCUGCAACACCCAAACAGAACUCAACACAGUGUAUUGUACUGAUUAGAAUAAGUAUGUAGUUUGUGAAACUUUUGGAUAGCAGGUUGACCUACAUUUAUUAACUCUUGGCAAAAGUGUCACAAUUGUAGCAAAAAGUAGAAUCUAAGUUUAACAGGAAUAACAGGUGUAAUCUCUUGACUUCUUAAAGUUUAGAACAGAAAAAAAAAAUCAAGUGCCCUUAGACAGCUUUUUGUUGCUGUUCCCCACCUUUUAUUUGAUGAUUUUUCGAAUUGUUUUAUCAUUUAAACUAUGCUGGCUGCUGCUUGUCUUUAUGAAUAAGACUAGCAACUGACAAACUAUUCAUCUUAUACAUACAGACACUAUGAAAUGUUGCCAUGAUUUCUUAACCUUGGAAUGCUUUAACAAAAUCGGUGGCUAAAAAUUGCCCCCCAUCAUUUGCAAUCAUUUUAUACAUAUUAAUGAUGCUUUUUAAAUGGAAAUAUUGACUUAAAUAUUAGAUCAAUAAUAAAAGAAUAUAAUUGUCUGUAUUUUUAUUGCACCUGUCAUGAAAAUAUAUAGUUUGAAACUGCUUUAAGUUAAAAGAAAACAACUCAACAUCCAAAAGCAAUAAGCUUAUUGUGAUAUGAUGUUUUGAUGGAUGAGAUUUUUUUUUAUUGUUGUUUUUUCCAUUGUAGUUAUAUUAAGAUGAAAAAUGUUUAAUGUUAAAAGACAACAAAUAAAUAGCAAAUCUGAACCAUCAGAACUAGCAAGUGAGAAUAGUAUUUGCAGUGAAAAGAGCCAUCACAUCAGGGAUACUCACAUUCAAAGCUGUAGGUUGUUGAACUGUAGGUCAUUUGCCAAAAAUUCACCACAGAGUCAUCUUUACCUCCCAUGAUGCAUUCUAGGGUCAACACUGUGAUUGUGCAACAGAGAAACAUAUUUACUGAAAUAUUUAAGAUGUGAUGACGGAGAAUUAAGAACCAAAUGUCUGACUCUUUGUACCAAAAAAGUACUGCUCCACAUGUUGAAAAAUAAACUUCUUGUCUGUA